AAUGGGUGAUGAAAAUAUUCUGGAACUAAUAGUGGUGACAGUGGCACAGCUCUGUGAAUAAAAGGCAUUGGAUUGUGCACUUGAAAGUCAUGAAAUGUAUGGAUUAUAUCUCAAUAAAGCUGUUACUUUUUUCAUUCAUGGAGGGCAAGUCACGGCGUUGUAAGGGGUCCUGGUGGGCUUGAUUGAAGUGACAUUUGAGCAAAGAUUCGAAGGAGGGAACCAGCUUCCCAGGCAGGAGGAAUGUGGAUGAAACCUAGUUUGAAGUUUUCUGUUUAGAAUUCUAAAGUAUUCCUGAGAAUUUGGCAUCCUAUUCCAUAUUAUGUUCAUUGAUUUCAUAUAAUGUUGCAUUCCCAAAUAUUUUGGCAAAAUCAAGGGCAGAAAUCGCCCAACGUCUGACCGAUGUGCUUAGCUGCUCCAGCGCACCGGGGUAAGCACGCGGGCAAUUGAGGCUCCUGGUACCGCCCCUCGCUCUCCCAACGCCCGCCACCAGUUAUCCAGAGUGCGACGCCGGCUCCGCCCUGUGUCAAACCCCGCCUCCGACUCCGCCCUGAGCCGCUACGACACUGCCGGCGCCCCGCCCCGGGAGCCAAGCAAUGCGCAUGUCUAGCGCUGUGUCGCGCACGCGCUCUCUACGGCUUCCCUUGACCUUUGACCCGCCGACCACCCUGGAGACCCGGCCGCGGGGCCAGGAAGUCGGAGUUGGAGCCCCUGAGGCAGAACGCCUGCCAUGGCCAAGUACCUGGCGCAGAUCAUUGUGAUGGGUGUGCAGGUGGUGGGCAGGGCCUUUGCACGGGCCCUGCGGCAGGAGUUUGCAGCCAGCCGGGCCGCAGCUGAUGCCCGAGGACGCGCUGGACACCGGUCUGCAGCCGCUUCCAACCUCUCCGGCCUCAGCCUCCAGGAGGCACAGCAGAUUCUCAACGUGUCCAAGCUGAGCCCCGAGGAGGUCCAGAAGAACUAUGAACACUUAUUUAAGGUGAAUGACAAAUCCGUGGGUGGCUCUUUCUACCUGCAGUCAAAGGUGGUCCGCGCAAAGGAGCGCCUGGACGAGGAACUCAAAAUCCAGGCCCAGGAGGACAGAGAAAAAGGGCAGAAGCCCCACACGUGACUUCUCGGCUCCCCCCACCCACCCCGCCACCUCUAAUUUAUAGCUUGGUAAUAAAUGUCUUUUCUGCA